AGAGAUUAGGAAGUUGGGCCCGGAAUCAGGCUGUUGUGACCCGCACUGGUGAUAGGAGACUCGAGAAAGAUCCAGACUCGGUGACCACGGAGAGUGCUCCCAGCAGUGCGCGGCUGAGAGAAGAGAGGAAGGAAUUCGGAGUUCACGCUCCAGAGAUCUGGGGAUAUAGAUCUGGGGUGGAGCCCGCCCCAGCUUUCAGAGGACUAAGGAUCUGAAUGCCUGGGAUUGAGGAGUGGGCCGGAGUCUGGAGAACAGAGGUCUGCCGCUGCUGUGCCAGGCGCCAGUCGCUAGAGGCCAGAGCCUACUACCAGCCAGGAUGCUGUACGCAAGCUCAACACCCUGCAGACCAACGCCAGCUACCUGGAGCAGGCGAAGCAGCAGAGAGGGGACCCCCAGAAACAGAUGGAAGCCAUGGAGCUGUUCCUUGCAAGGAGUGGGGUGCAGGUGGAGGAUUUGGACCAGCUGAACAUCAUUCAUGUCACUGGGACUAAGGGGAAGGGUUCCACCUGUGCCUUCACUGAGCGCAUCCUGCGGAAUUAUGGCCUGAAGACUGGAUUCUUUAGCUCUCCCCACCUGGUGCAGGUGCGUGAGCGGAUCCGUAUCAACGGGCAGCCUAUCAGCCGUGAGCUUUUCACCACGCACUUCUGGCGCCUUUAUCACCGGCUGGAGGAGACCCAGGAUGACAGCUGUGUGUCCAUGCCCGCCUAUUUCCGCUUCCUCACGCUCAUGGCCUUCCACGUCUUCCUCCAAGAGAAGGUGGACCUGGCGGUGGUAGAAGUUGGUAUAGGUGGGGCUUAUGACUCCACCAACAUCAUCAGGAAGCCUGUAGUGUGCGGAGUGUCUUCUCUUGGCAUGGACCACACCAGCCUUCUAGGGGACACAGUGGAAAAGAUUGCAUGGCAGAAAGGAGGCAUCUUUAAGCCUGGCAUCCCUGCCUUUACGGUGCAGCAGCUGGAAGGUCCCCUGGCAGUGCUGAGGGAGCGCGCCCAGCAGAUUUCAUGCCCCCUUUACCUAUGCCCACCUCUGGAAGCCCUGGAGGAAGGGGGGCCACCGCUGAUGCUGGGCCUGGAGGGCGAGCACCAGAGGUCCAACGCAGCCCUGGCUCUGCAGCUGGCCAACUGCUGGCUGCAACGGCAGGAGCACCGGGACCUUGGGGAACUGAAGACAUCGGGGCUAAGUAUCCCCUUGCAGCUGCCUCUGGCCCCCGUGUUCCAGCCCACAGCUCACAUGCGGCAUGGGCUUCAGGACACGGAGUGGCUGGGCCGGACUCAGGUGCUGCGGCGAGGGGCCCUCACUUGGUACCUGGAUGGUGCUCAUACCAGCAGCAGUAUGCAGGCCUGUGUGCGCUGGUUCCGCCAGGCGCUGCAGCGCCACCAGAGGUCCCUGAGUGGGCCUGAGGUCCGGGUGUUGCUCUUCAAUUCCACUGGGGACAGAGACUCUGCGGCCCUGCUAAAGCUGUUACAGCCUUGCCAGUUUGACUAUGCUGUCUUCUGCCCCAACCUCACAGAAGUGUCAUCCUCAGGCAAUGCAGACCAGCAGAACUUCAUGGUGACGCUGGACCAGGUGCUGAUCCGCUGCUUGGAGCACCAGCAGCACUGGAGCCGCCUGGACGAGCAGGAGGCCAGCUCCACCCUCCAGAGCCCCCCGCAGCCUGGUGGGCCUGCGCCCCUGCUGCUGACGCCCCACCCCUGCAGUGCCAGCUCCCUCGUCUUCAGUUGUGUCUCACAUGCCCUACAGUGGAUCACCCAAGGCCGGGACCCUAUCUUCCAGCCACCCAGCCCCUUAAGGGGCCUCCUUGCCCACCCCACGGCCAGCAGCGGGGCCAGCGUCCUCCAGGAGGCUGGCGCCAUUCACGUGCUGGUCACUGGCAGCCUGCACUUGGUGGGCAGCGUCCUUAAGCUGCUGGAGCCCUCCUUGUCCCAGUAGCCGAGGCCACAGGUGGGGUGGGAGGUGGCAGCCCCCGUACCCUCCCUGCCUUCUCACUGUGAACUCAUGCCAGGUGCCUUUUGGUUUGUACUUCUGAGUCUGCCAGGCUGGGUCACGGACUGGGGUAGAAGAGGGCGCCACCUCUGAGCCCUGUGCCUUGGCCUUGCCUUCCUCCCAGCUCAGACAGUGGGCGCUUCCUACCUGACUGGGCUCAGGGUCCUGCCAUGUGCUGGUGAUAGAUUUCCUCUUCCCAGUGCCUUCUGGGAAAAGAGGCUCCUGCUUGGGGCACCCUGGGGACUGCAUAGCUGCAGUGAAUUAAAGCCUUUUAAUUUUAUUUUUAAAGAAA